ACACGUGUCCCCUGCUGCUGUACGUUACUGAUAAUAGACAACGCCGAGGAUAUCGGUGUGAAGGCAAAACAAAACGUCCCGGCGGAGUUAACCGGUAUCAGACAACACCUCCUGGGUUGCCACCACUUCGCCGGCAUCGACAUGAGGAUCAGAGUCAAAGGCGGUGGUCACACCUCCCAGAUCUACGCCAUCUGUCAGUCCAUUGCCAAAGCCCUCGUCGCCUACUACCAGAAGUACGUCAACGAGCAGUCUAAGAAGGAGAUUAAGGACAUCCUCGUCCGCUACGAUCGCACCCUCCUAGUAGCCGACCCCAGACGCUGCGAGCCCAAGAAGUUCGGUGGGUGUGGUGCUCGUGCCAAGUUCUAGAAACGUACUGUUGAGGGGUGUUUGGCUGUCUUAUUAUAAGUAAUAGACUUGUUUGGUUGUAACCUUAACAAUUAAGGGUAUUUUUGUCCUUUCAUGUGUAUAAGGGCACUAUGAUCAUUUAUUUUCAACUUAUACACUGUUACUGUCAAAACCUGCCGGAGACUUGCCGAUGGGGUCAUCUGCAACAAAAUUGCAUAGUUCAAGGAGUUAAUUGCAUUUUUUAUAAUUCAGAGGGAUUUGUUGCAGAUAUGAUAAUAGUUUAGAGGUUUUUUUUGCAUUUAACCCUAAUAUUAAUAUUAUAAAAGGGGAAUGAUUUCAAAGAAAAGCAUAAAAUAUAAGUGAUUACCAGUUUUACCUAUAUAUU